CGCUCGAAGCUUGGGUGGAUCCGUCGAAGUCUCAAAGUCUCGGAAAGUUCGGGGUGUUCGAUGGGAAAGUCUUGGCAUUCUAUUUUCCUCGUUCACAAAUCUAUCGUAGUCUAUCGCUCUAAUCGAGUUUUUGCCCCGCUUCCAUCAAACUACGGUCGAGAGGAUCUUCGGUUUUCGGCAUUCUCUCUCAAUUCCUCUUUCGCUUUCAAUCACAAUCAUACAGCAAAGCCUUGCUGAUCCUGCCUUGCUUAACAAUUACCUUUGAGUAAUUCAGCGCGCUAAGGUCGGAUCCCUGAUCGGCUACAGCUGCCGGACUAUAGCAUCUGUUCAUUCCAUUGGAAGCCUUAGCCUUCGAGGCGAGGCCGAAACGACAAAGUACCAACUCCAAAUCUAGCUCGCGCGUUGCGUGCGUUGCGUGGCGGGGUUUGUCUCAUAAGGCCAUUCCAUAAGGCCAUUUCGACCAGCGCUCAUGUCAUCCGAGCAAGAUAUCAAUCAGGUCCCUAUUCAGGACCUGACUCCCGAACAAGCUAGUCACAUCAUUCAUUCUCACCGCAAAGUUCGAUAUGGUACGGCAUGUUGGCCAUGCAGGCAACGGAAGGUGAAAUGCGACAACAAGCAACCAUGUGAAAAUUGCGUCAAGAGAGAACAUCCACAGCUGUGUUCUUAUAAACCCAAUCGUUCUAGUGCUUCCAAACAAGCUUCCGUGUCAGCCGAAGGUCAUCAGGGGAAGAAAAGACCUCAUUCUCCUGAUGACAGUGUGAGCAAUGACCAAGGGAGCGAUCAUCAACCCGAGGGUUGGCCUCAAGCAAUAGAUGAACCGGAGUCUCUGGAAAUAUCACGUUACGUUGGUCAAAAUAGUAUCCCUGCGUUAUUACGAGAUCAACCGUCGCCGAUAGAGACUAAAGAUGGUGUGGACAUUCGUCGCGAUAUGCGCCCAAUUCUUGGUCUUGACAACUCCGCGCCCUUCCCCUUAAUGUCGUCAAAACACCUCGACCGUCUAACGCAGGACAUCUUCUCUGAGCUUCCUUCCGAUAGAGAAGUGAUGAUCCUCUUCAGAGCGUAUAAAGAAAUUACACAUCCAUUUUGGGGAUUCGUAAUUGAUAUUGAUGAUCUAGAGUCUCGUAUAAUGAUAUAUCUUGAAGAGAGAGCUAAAAAUGCUAGGGAACACAGCAAGUCAAGUCGGCGUGUCUCUGCGUCUUGGCUAGCCAUUCUCUUUUCCGUGAUGGCUGUCGGCUCGCAGUACCGCGAUUCACCUUAUCAUAUUCGAACGCGAGAUGCCCAGAGAUAUGUCCAGAUAUCGUUUCAUUUUCUCAGACUGGGGAACUUUUUAUUACGGCCGAACUUGGAUUCAAUCCAAGCAUUAUUGCUAAUAGGAUUUUGCCUCCUAAAUGAUAUGAAAGCCGAAGCUUCUUGGGCCUUAAUCGGCAUGACGUGUCGAUUGGCACAGUCGCUCGGCCUUCAUAGAGCUAUAACAUCAGACGAAAGCAAUUCAACUGAGAUGUCGGUAAAAACAUACGUACGAAGAAAGCUAUGGUGGACGUGCCUUUGGCAUGAUACGCUGACGUCACUAUCAUUUGACCGCCCUAACAUGACCAACAUUCAAUGUUGUCCCAUUCCGCUGUCCCCGAGUUCUUCCGUUGAGGGGCUAUCAUAUCUAGAGUCGAUGUAUACUCUCUGCGAAGUAAUUUCACAGAAGCUUAACCCGGACGCCACUGCUGGGUACUCGUACGACACAAUCCUCGCCAACUGCCAGGCCGUCGAGUCUAUCCGUGAGAAAGUAUUCCCUCAGCUACGCAGUAAGGAGGCUUGCAAAAGUGUGGUCGACAAGCUCCAGCAUUAUGCCAUACGCCUUCAUACUUCCUUCGUAAUUUCAGUCUGCUGUCGUCCAGCUCUUCGUCGAGAUUGUACGAGAUUAGGACCUGCUGAAAAGAAAGCCUUGGCCGACAAGUGCAAAACUAACUUGACGGAGACUGUCCGAAUGUUUUUAUCAAUGCACCAGCUAUCAUUUAUUCCGACCCGAAGUUGGGCCUUCACCUACCACGGGCUUUCUUCUGCUGUUCUCUUAGGAAUAUUAUGCGAGACAAAACUAGACCCUGAGGUCCGCCAGCUCCAAGGAGAUCUCAUCUCAGCUUUGUCAGCCGCAGCAGCCAAGGAGCAAACCAGCCCUGCUCCUGACCACAUUCCUAAAAUUGACAGGGAUAUUGAAUUAUCCGGUCCUCUUUCUAGAGCAUUGACAGCGCUGAAGAACAUAUAUGAUUACGGCUCUCUGCACGGUGCUUCCGGCGUCAAGAGUGAAAGUGCUUCUGGCAAUCGCACACCGAUUGGAGUUGCUAUCCCACAAGGUCUUCAAAAUAUCAACAAUCAAUUUCGUCUACAGCCCGGGUUUGACAGACAUCAAGACGCCGCUCUUGCAAUGGCAGAGUUACAGAACGGGAAUAACCUCGCCGAUUUCUCUACGACAAUGCCGUACCAACCAACGAUCCAACAGACCAUAGGAAUUCCAGAUCUAAACCAACUAGACCCCACCACACUGGCACCUAUGGAUCUCUACGAUUCAAUCUUUUGGGAAUCUCCAGACCCAUUCUACGCAGGUGCAGAUAUGAAUUUUGACUUCCUCCCACAAGCACCCCCGGGGCAAUCCCAGCAGCAGUUCUAUUUUUAGGGUGUUACUUUAGCUCCUCCCAAUCUCUAUUUCGACGACUUUGGCUUCAGAGCCUGAGGCGCCGGUUAUGAAAAGUUUUGUUCAAAUUCAACCUAGUCGGGGAGGUAUCUAAGGGUGUAAUAUCGGAGUUUGUCAGGAGAUCGCGACUAAGGUUAAUUGACAGUUAUGGGCGCUUCAUUUAUCUGUAAAACGUACUGCUAGCUCAGAUAUCCAUGUUGGUCAAUAUCUUUUGUUCGUUAUAUAAGUCAGCUUCAAUUUAAUUUGGUAUAUAACCACGGAUUUGAAUUGGUAUUUACU